AUGCGCAAUAGUGGCCAGUGACGAUAAUUUUGCCACAAAACUAAACAAAUAGAUCUAAAUCUAGAUCUAGAUUGAGAUCUGUAUCUAGACUCUAGUCUAGACUAGAUCUAGGUCUAGAAUUCUAGACCUAGUCUAGAUUCUAAUAUAACACAUUGUUUUUAAUCCAUCAAUAAAGUCUAGAUCUAGACUCGAUUAGAUACUUCGAUUUUCCAGUCUCAUGGAGAGUGAGCAUAAAGGAAGGGUCUUGGAUUGGAGAUGCCAUACACAACAGUAGCAGAAAGAAGGGUGAAAAUGCACUGACACCUGGUGAUUACAGAUGCCCAACCUGUGACUACAGCUGUGUAUUAAGGAUUGGCCUCUUUAGUCACACAUGAAACUGCAAAUUACGUCUCCAGAAACUCAAUUGAUCAAGAAGGAAAGGAUGGGGUAUGAACUUGGAAGAUUUGAAGGUGAAGUUGAUGAGGAGCUGAUCUGUCCUAUUUGUAGUUGUGUUUUGGAAGAUCCUUUGCAGUCACCUCAGUGUGAGCACGCCUUUUGUGCUGCAUGCAUUCACGAGUGGCUCACCCGUCAGCCUACAUGCCCAGUUGACCGUAGUGCCAUCACUCCGAAUCAAUUGAAGAGUGUUCCUCGCAUACUAAGAAAUCUUCUAUCUAGACUAACAAUAAGCUGUGAUAAUAAGGCCUUUGGUUGUACUGCUUUAGUCAAGCUAGAUGUCCUGGCGUCACAUUUACAAGAUUGUGAAUUUAACCCCAAAAAGCCAGUAGUUUGUGAAAAAGGGUGUGGCUUUGUCGUACCCAAGGAUGAAAUAAAAGAUCAUAACUGUGUGAGAGAGUUGCGCACCAUGAUGUCACAGUUGCAGCAAAAGUUAACUGAGCUACAGACAGAGAGCAUGGAACAAAAAAUUCAGCUUAGAGAGCAGAAGAGAGAGAUUCAAGGUUUAAAUGAUGCUCUUCGUGCUGUGAGAAUAAUGAACCCAAGGGUAAGAGAGAUUCAAACCACAAUGGAAAAUGAGGAUUUAACAAGAUGGGUCAACAGUUUGCAGCCUGCAAGAGUGACCCGCUGGGGUGGCAUGAUUUCAACACCAGAUGCUGUUCUGCAAGCUGUGAUUAAGAGAGCUCUGGUAGAGAGCGGCAGUCCUUCACAUGUCGUGGCUGAGCUUAUGGAGAAUGCCCAUGAGAGAAGGUGGCCAACUGGGCUUAGCACAUUAGAAACUAGGCAGCUCAACAGACGGCAAUAUGAAAACUAUGUUACCAAAAGAAUUCCUGGUUUUGAUGAGUUCAUUUGUACUUCAGGGAAGCAAGCUGUGGUGGUGAUGUACUGUGAGAACCAGCACAUGCCAGAAGACCUCAUCAUAGAGCCUGGGCUAGUCAUGAUAUUUGCUCAUGGGGUGGAGUGAUCUGCUCAAAUCCAAGAAUGAUGCGCUAACACCUAGUCAGUGAAAGAAAGGGUUAUCUAAAAACUUAGGAGGAAACUAUGAACUCUGUUGCCAUGGCGAUCUUCUGCAUUUGCUGUUACAAUGUAUUUAUUUUUUUGUGUGUAACAUUUCCAAACAUGGUGAUGCCUGGGGCCACUAGCUACAUUUAUCAGGACAAUGUUAUAAUAUACAUUCUCAUUGGCUUCAUAGUGAAGGGUUAUAUUUAAACAUUUCUUAAUGAUGGAUACACAUCAGAUAUUCAUGAAUAUGGAUGUAUAAAAGUCUAUAAGGAUAGAAAAGAUUAAGGAACACAGACAUAUAAAGAAAAAAAAGGAAAUUUGAAUUAUAAGGAUUUGUGAUGUAUAUAUAUAUAUAUAUCAAGUCUCAAGUCAAAUGCAGAACAAAUAUUUCAGUUUUUCUAUUCGACCAACUUGCCUUGACCAAAUUUUGGCUUUCAGUCACAAUAGAUUAUCACAGGAAUGUGGAUGCAUAUCAAGACAUUGCUAAUUGUUAAUAUUGUACAUUUUACAACAGUUUUUUUACAUUGAAUUUGUCUUCUGGCACUUCAAUAAGGGUUUUCAGUCUGCUACCAGCACUGUUUUUUUUUCUCUUUUGUUUUCUAUUGUUAACAGUAGAAGUUCUGUGUGGGUUUGUGUGUAAAUAUUGGAUAUGCCUUGUAUCCUAUUAAUUGAAUAGCAUUUGUCUUACAAAAAUAUGAAUUCAAUUUUUUUCCCCCAUUACUUAUGAAUUGAAAAAGUUUUUCUGUUGUAUCAAAGGCUUUUGUAACAAUUUUUUUUCUUACCUUUUUUUAGAUCAUCCUAAAAAUAAAAGUUGGCUUAAAUACUGCUCCCUUGAAGUAAAAUUAAAAAAAACUGCCUUUUUUUUUUUUCUAGGAGCGUCUCAUGACCCCCCAAAAAAUUAAUCAAUAUGUGUAUAUAAAGGGUUUAGCACAAUAAACUAAUUUAUUGAAUUUCUGAGUUUUUAAACUUACCCACAUGGCAGUGAGUUUUAUUCUUAAUUUUUUUUUUCAUGUUGUUCUCAUCAGCUUGCUUCAAGAAGUAUGUUAUUGAGGAUAUAUCUCCUACAGGUUUGAAAAGAGUGUUGUGUUUUCCUACUAAGAUUGUUCAGAAUUUAGCUACCUGUUGCAGGCUGUUUCUAAGGGGAGGAACUUAAUCUGAUUUCAUUGAUAGUGUGAACAUGCCCUGCUUAAGUGAUAAUGGCUGUGUCUUUGAUUCUGAAGGUAAAAGAUGCGUGCAGUGUUUCACAUGACUAUUCAGACCCAGUUGCGACCUGCAUAUUUUCCCACGCUUGUGCAGACAAAGCCAUUAUCCUUUGGUGGUCUAUUUAAGUUUUCUUUUUAUCUUCUGUGCCUGUCUUCAAUAAUGGCUUUUCUUUGAGUCUCAAAUAUUUGCCCUGCAGCCUUUGUGGGAGCGCUCCAUCUUUCUAUGUCAUAGGCCGUCUGCUGCCAGCUACUUUCCUCUAUGCCAGUGAGGGUCAAAUGGCGAUCGAGUUAAUUUUUAAGCACUUAUUGGGGGCACCUCUGUUACUCCAUCCUCCUUUAAGCUUACCACCUUUGGCUCUUAUGCAGGAUAAGUUACAGUAGUUUAAUAAGUUCAUCUUUCAAUAUUUCAAUGUCUUUCCAAAGUUUUCCAAAGUUUCCUUAGAAGUUACUUCAUACAAAUCACAAUACAUUGUAUUACGUCCUUCUGAAACCUAUGUUGUUAUGCUCAGAAUCAUAUAACUUUUAUUUGAUCCUAAACAUAAAUAGGACAAUUCACUUAAUGGGUUGAUAACAUGGUCAAUGAGUUAAUAGAUAUACUAAUUGUCACAAUUUAGUAGGUUGUAGAGAGUAAUUAAUAUCAAUGUCAUAUUUAUUUUUUAAAAAUGUUCUAAUUAAAUCUCUCAAGCUAGACAUUAUAUUUACUCUUUUGAAGUGUUUAUUUUUAGGUCUCAAAUAUGGUCACAAAAGAUAAGGAAUAGGAACUAAUGGACACAUAUGCAUUGAAAAGAUUUUUUGUUAAUAUGAAUCUUAAUUUUAUUUACCCUAAAAAAAUUUCUCCAAAAUUUAAAUUGCUGAAAAAAAAAGUUUCGUUGUCACAAAAUACGUGACCCUCUGGUGACUUAGGGGAGGGGUGGGGGUUCCUAACUUGAAAAUUCCCCAGGCCCCCACCUGAGGGAGGCCCCCAAACGAGUGUCCAAAAUUUGUUUUGACAUUAAAUAUUAUGCCAUUAUCUCAUGUUAUAAUGUAGAAUGUCAAAAUGCAGGGGCACUAAAGAGGUCAAGGCUAUGCCACUGUGACUCUCCUUGCCCUUAGGUCAGCAGAAGUUUAUCACUUUGUUGCAGAAAUGACAUAAUCUGUUUUGGGCAUUGCCUUACUAAUUCUCCUUUCUGCAAAGAAGAGUUUCAUGUUCUGUAGAUCAGAUUUGUGAGACAUGCAAAAUUUAUAAACUCUGAACAUUGUCUAGUUAGUGCCAGGCCUGUUUUUAGUUUAUGCUUUAUGGUGUUAUGGGGUGUACGCCUGCCUUCUUUAAAUUAUAAAUGUUAGUAUGGAUAAUCUUGUUAAUAUAGACCUUUGGUCAUCAUAUUACAUGUGAUAACAAUGGAUGCAUAUAUUUACAUAAUACCUAACCACUAUUUAUGUUAGGCUAGAUUUAUGAUGCCAUUUUACAUAUUAUUCAUUAGCUCAUAUAUAUUUCAAAAGUAAUGUUAAAAUAAAACCAAUUUUAAGAUUGAAAAAAAAAACAACCUCUAAAUUAUCAAUUUUGUUACAAACUAUUUUUCGAAAUUUGACAAAGAACUGGUUCCUUGCUAGUGACCAAGAAUUUGAAGAACAAAAUAUAUCAGGUUUCAUACUUCCAUUGCAUCCUAUUAUCUGUAGUAAAUAUAAUGUCCAUUUGCUUGAAAAUAAUGUUUAAAAAGAGCCUGUCUGUGAGAUGAGUUGAAACAAGUGUGUGCUAGUCUGGUCAUUAAAGUAGUAGCCACCUACAAGUCUGCCCUUCACAGGGAGGUAACUUGCUGACCUUUUGUGUCUUUCUAUUUAUUUAUACUUGUGAUGAUUUGUCUACUUGUUUGUUUUUUUUGUCGUACCGGUAUAUGUAUAAAACAUUACAGCGGUAGUCUUAGGGACCUUUACUUAUCUACACUGUAUACAAUCAAACCUACACAGGGUUAAUGUGAAACAACAAUAUAUUUGUGUAUUUAUUAUCUCAGUUUACAUGUAAUAAAUUUCACUGGUAUGUAAAAAAUUCUUUUUUUUAUAUAUAGCAAAUGAUUUCCUCCCAUCUUUGUGAAGUUUUGAUUACAUUCUGACUUGAAACAUAUCCAUUUUUUUUUCUAAGUCUUUUUAUAGUGAACUUUUAAAAAAGAUAAUUCAAGCAAUGUUAUAUUGCUUGCAGUUUAAAUACAAUUUUUUUUGUUAUUAUGUGCCUGCCAUUACUUUCUGCGAUGUUUUAUAGAUUGACUUACAUCAGUGUUGCCCAAACUGUGACCCUGGGGUCUUAUCUAGCCUUUCAAAGCUUCCCCUCACACAAUGUUUAAUGAAGCUGCAAAAAAUUGGUUUGAUUGGAUUCAUUGUUAGAUGUGGCCUGUGAGGUGUUGAAAGGUUAUUUAGCCUUUAGGCCGUAAACAGUUGGGCAACACUGAGUUGCAUGACAUUGCCAUUGAAUCCUUAUAGCUGUGAACCUCAGGCCAGGAGCUGGACUGACCACACAAAAGAUUUUACAUGCAUGUGAAGCUUGGGGACAUUCUCACAUGACAAAAUUAUUCUAAGAAAAGAUGUUUUUAAUGAAUAGGAAUUUAAAAAGACUUUUAGGAUUGCAUUAUUAAAAAAAAAAUCUUGUUUUUUUAUUUAAUUUAAGAGGGAAGGGAAUAAUUUCAUCUUUCCAACCUCCAAAAAUGAUCAGCGUCUAAACCUGAGACAUUCAGCUUUAAGUUUCACUCCUCUGUCACAAACUUGACCUUGCUACAAAGUUUGAUUUAAAUAAUAAGUAAUUUUCUUUAUUUCAAACUCAAUCAUUAUUUUCUUAUGAUGCCUUUUAGAUUUUUAAAAAUUUGCUUUUGUGUGUGGCAUACAAUAAUGUUUUAUAUGGUUGUCGAUAUCAAUACUUACGAAACUUGUGUUUGCCUUAAAAAAUUAUUUUUUUUGGCUCUUCAGAUCUGUGAAACUAAAUGAAGUGAACUUUUUUUUUUUUUAACUUCUGCCCUGCCAGUGGGGCUUAACGUUUGUGGUGGCUCAGUGAUAUAGUCUAGCUGUGAAGUUACUUGCUCUCUGUUUGUUAGGCCUGUGUGUACUGUGUGUGGUGGCUCAGUGAUAUAGUCUAGCUGUGAAGUUACUUGCUCUCUGUUUGUUAGGCCUGUGUGUACUGUGUGUGGUGGCUGGCCUUAUUGUUGCAUGGUCCCUAUUAGUACAUAGAACUAGGAUUAUAAAAGUGAUUCCUUCCCCAUGAAGGCUACAGUUUCAGAGUUUCUGACCAUAAUUUUGAUCCAUCAAAUUCAAUAGAGUAUAUUACUUGAUUUUUUGCAGCCUUCAUGUUACAUCUAUGAUCAUAAUACUAUUAGUUGAAAUAUUUAAACUACUGUUUCCCUAAUGAGAUGUUAUAGACAAUAGAAAAUCUGAAAUAAACCUAAAUUUUUUUAUGAAUUACCUCCCUUUGUCCAUUAUUCUCUCAAACUUGUUCCUUACAUACUAUGUGACAUGUUUUCUUUAUUCUUUUUAAAUGAUGCUAUUUAUAUGUACUGUCUUAGUGUAUUCUAAAAGAACUGUUCUGAUGUAUGAAUACAACUUUAAUUGAAAGUUAUGACUAAAGUAUUGCUAAUUACUAUUUGAAUCAACCUUUAGAAUGAUAUUCAAUUUUAAGUUAUUUCAUCAAUUUUUUUAAAGAUUCUUUUCCAAAUUAUCAAAAUGCAAAGCACAUUUCAAGAUGAGUGUGUUUUCAUUGUAACUGAAUAAGUACUUGGUAUGACUUUGUAUCAGCUUAUGCACUUUGGAGCUGACACUCAGUCUAAAAGUGUGUUCUCAACUCAUGGGUGAACCCUGGGUGAGUUUUUUAUUUUAAUAAAGGAUGACAAUCAUUCCAAUAGAACUGUCAUAGUAGAGAAUUUGUUACAGAAACGGGCUUGACAUCAUCCCUGAUGUCUUUUCAUAUUUAGGUUGGGUUCUUAAUGUUAUCUGUAAGUUAUUUUCAAAGCUGAAUGCUUGUUUCAAUUUUGUCCAUUUUCUUCAUUUGUUUAGUGAAAUUCCUGAGGCCAAAUCUAGCCAACCACAACAUUUUAAACACGUCCUGAGGCCAAAUCUAGCCAACCACAACAACAUUUUAAAUAAGUUGUGUCGAUGAAUGAAUGUUUAGGACUAUAUUUAGUUUCUCCAUCUAUUGUAUGUGCAUCAAUGCUCUCUCUGAGUGUUACAUUGUUUCACCAUUAGCUCCACGCUGCCUCUCAACAUAGUAAGGUUUUGUAUUCAACAUGUUAAUUUAUUUCUUGCUGGGAAUGAGUGAAAGCUAUGCCCAUAUAGUAGAGCAGGCUGUGAAUUUGUGAGGAUGAAGCUAAUGUCUGGUGGCUAUGUGGUUGAUAGGUGAUGAUGAUGUAUGUUGGUAGCUGAGUAAACUGCAGAUUAAAACAUGUGCUUUUUA